AUGAAGAUAUUAUUAGUAUAUCAAAAAACGUAUUUUAAAUCGGACGAGUGGAGAGAAUUAUUACCAUUAGUGCAGCCUAAUGGUAUAUUUUUAUUGUCUAAAAAUAUUUUUCUUAAGCAUUUUAAAGAGAUAAAAGAAUUAUUUAUAGGAGAAUGUGUAGUUAUAGAAAUAACUUCUACUUCGUUUAAGUACCUAAUGGAUUUUUUAAACACUUUAAAUAAAAGAUAUGCUAUGCGCUUUUUUCCUGUUUGUUAUUUUCUUGUAUAUAAUGAUUUUUAUUAUUUAUUAGGAUUAGAUCAAUUAAGUAUGUAUACGGCAUAUUUAAAAAAUAGAAGUUCGUCUAAAGACGUAAUAGGUGUACAUUGUAUGUUUUUAUAUGAAUUUUUGAAAACUCUUUUCUAUAAAGAGUUUGUAUAUAAAACAAGUUUGGUUUUUUUUAAAUAUAAUAUGAUAGAAUUGUCUGUAAAUAAUAAUUAUUAUUAUUAA